AUGACACAAGUUCUCCAGCAACAGCAGCACAGUCAGCCUGGUUCACGAGGUACGACGAGCUGUUCGAAUAGAAUGCUGCUCGGUUGGACGACCAAGCGAAGGUCAGAUUGCUGCUCAGAAAACUGGGAACAUCUGAACACGAAAGACACAGUCGCAAAAUUGAAAAGUUUGUUCGGGGCGAAAGAGUUAAGCUCUGCGUCGAGUUCGAGCUGGGAAAGCUGUCAGAACAACGUUGAAUUUCGCUGUGACGUCACCAUCGCCGGAAACACUCACAGCGAAGUUAUCCGGGUAACUGAAAAACAGCUGCAACUUCUCGGAUCUGAUUUGGUCGAUUGCUUUGACCUAUGGUCCGUGCCAAUGGAUACUUUUUGCUGCCAGGUAUCUAGUUCUUCGACUUCCAGCGCAGCGCUCAGUUCUGCAUUUCCAGAAGUUGUCAGUGAGAAACUCGGGCUCUGCAGUAAGGUACAGGAGAAGUUAGACGUAAAGGAGCAGUGCAAGCCCGUUUUCUGUCCCAAACGCCCGGUUGCAUACUCUAUGUACAACACAGUCGAUCAAGAGUUGGACCGGUUACAGCAACUGAAAAUCAUUACACCGGUCGACUACUCGGAAUGGGCAGCACCAAUCGUCGUAGUGCGCAAAGCAAAUGGUGGCAUUCGUGUUUGCGGAGAUUACUCUACAGGUCUCAACUUCGCUCUGCAACCUCACCAAUAUCUGCUCCCUCUUCCGAAAGACAUCUUCGCUAAGCUGGCUAACUGCAAAUUUUCAGUCAGGUCGAUCUUUCGGAUGCAUUUUUGCAAGUUGAGGUCGACGAGCAGUCAUCUGCUCACCAUCAACACGCACCGUGGUUUGUUCCAUUACAAUCGUCUUCCACCUGGUGUAAAGGCAGCACCAGUAGCUCAUCGACACCAUGCUAGCCGGAUGUGCGAGAAUGUACCCAGCGAAAUGAUGUGCAUGCGAUAG